UCUUGUUUACAGGUUCCUCAGGUAGUGGAUGAACUCUUGCUCUAAAAACCGACCAAACCAUGACACCCCCCUCCCUGCCGCUGUUACCGCAUCACCACCAGCGCACUGCUGCCUGCCUGCUGAGCUGGAGCAAUUGGCACUGUCCCACAUGGCUCCUGUGGAUGUUGUGGGUGUGGCUGAGUCCGGCCUGGGCUCACCAGCACUCACAUCCACAUUCUAUCAAAAUCCUUGGGGAUAUCACGCUGGGCGGUCUGUUCCCUGUUCACGCCAAGGGCCCCUCGGGCCUGCCCUGUGGAGAGAUUAAGAAGGAGAAGGGCAUCCACCGCAUGGAAGCCAUGCUGUACGCUCUAGACCAGAUCAACAGUGACCCAGACCUGCUGCCCAACAUCACUCUGGGUGCCCGAAUCCUGGACACGUGCUCGCGGGACACGUACGCUCUGGAGCAGUCGCUCACUUUUGUCCAAGCCCUCAUCCAGAAGGACACGUCCGACAUCCGCUGCUCGAAUGGCGAGCAGCCAAUCAUACGCAAGCCCGAGCGCGUGGUGGGUGUCAUCGGGGCCUCGGCCAGCUCCGUGUCCAUCAUGGUGGCCAACGUGCUGCGGCUGUUCGAGAUUCCUCAGAUCAGCUAUGCAUCGACAGCCCCGGAGCUCAGUGACAACAACCGCUAUGACUUCUUCUCGCGGGUGGUUCCGCCGGACUCGUACCAGGCGCAGGCCAUGGUGGACAUCGUAAAGGCGCUGGGCUGGAACUACGUCUCUACACUGGCCUCCGAGGGCAACUAUGGAGAGAGUGGCGUGGACGCCUUUGUUCAGAUCUCCCGAGAGGCAGGAGGCCUGUGCAUCGCCCAGUCCAUGAAGAUCCCCCGAGACCCCAAACCUGGAGAGUUUGACAAGAUCAUUAAGAGAUUAAUGGAAACCCCGAACGCCCGAGGGGUCAUCAUCUUUGCCAACGAGGACGACAUCAAGCAGGUGCUGGAGGCGGCUAGAAGAGCGAAUCUAACAGGCCACUUCAAGUUUGUUGGGUCAGACAGCUGGGGAGCCAAGAGCUCUCCAAUCCUGGACCAUGAAGAUGUGGCGGAGGGGGCGGUCACUAUUCUGCCCAAAAGAGCAUCUAUUGAAGGUUUUGAUCAGUACUUCACGUCCCGCUCUCUCGAGAACAACCGCAGAAAUAUCUGGUUUGCUGAGUUCUGGGAAGACGACUUCAGGUGCAAACUGACACGUCCGGGCAUCAAGCUCGACCCUGAGAAGAAGAAAUGCACAGGUAAUGAGCGGAUUAGUAGAGAUUCUCCAUAUGAGCAGGAAGGAAAGGUGCAGUUCGUAAUCGACGCUGUGUAUGCCAUGGCUCACGCUUUACACAACAUGCACCAGGACCUGUGUCCGGGGGCCAUCGGUGUCUGUGACAAAAUGGACCCUGUGGAGGGACGCUUACUGCUCAGCUACAUCCGCUCUGUCAACUUCAAUGGCAGCGCUGGCACUGGCGUUCUUUUCAAUGAGAAUGGAGAUGCUCCAGGCCGCUAUGACAUCUUUCAGUAUCAAAUGACCAACACAAGCAACCCGGGAUACAAAGUCAUCGGCCAGUGGACCAAUAACCUCCGACUCAAUGUAGAGGAGAUGCAGUGGUCCGGAGGCGACCGCCAGAUCCCUGACUCCGUGUGCAGUUUCCCAUGCCGGCCAGGCGAGAGGAAGAAGAUGGUGAAGGGUGUCCCAUGCUGCUGGCACUGCGAGCUGUGCGACGGCUAUCAGUACCAAGCGGACGAGUUUGCCUGUGAGAUGUGCCCCUUCGACAUGAGGCCCACACCCAACCGCACAGCCUGCAGGCCCACACCCAUCAUCAAACUGGAAUGGCACUCACCCUGGGCCAUCAUCCCUGUCUUCCUGGCCAUCCUGGGCAUCGUGGCAACUCUCUCUGUCGUCAUCACCUUCAUUCGCUUCAACGACACACCCAUUGUGAGGGCGGCCGGCCGAGAGCUCAGCUACGUACUGCUGACUGGCAUCUUCCUCAUCUACCUCAUCACCUUCCUGAUGAUUGCUGAGCCAGGUCCUGUGGUGUGCGCUUUCCGAAGGCUGCUGCUGGGGCUGGGAAUGUGUAUCACCUACUCGGCCAUGCUCACCAAGACCAACCGCAUCUACCGCAUCUUCGAGCAGGGCAAGAAGUCGGUGACACCGCCCAAGUUCAUCAGCCCCACAUCUCAGCUCGCCAUCACCUUCAUCCUCAUCUCUUUUCAGGUAGUAGGAGUGUUCAUCUGGUUCGGGGUGGUACCGCCCCACACCAUUGUGGACUAUGAGGAGCAGAGGCCACCAAAUCCGGAGCUGGCACGAGGCAUCCUGAAGUGUGACAUGUCUGACCUGUCGCUUAUCUGCUGCCUGAGCUACAGCAUCGUGCUGAUGGUCACCUGCACCGUCUAUGCUGUCAAGAGCAGAGGCGUUCCCGAGACCUUCAACGAGGCCAAGCCCAUCGGCUUCACCAUGUACACCACCUGCAUCAUCUGGCUGGCCUUCGUGCCCAUCUUCUUCGGCACGGCACAGUCCACGGAGAAGAUGUUCAUCCAAACGACCACUCUGACCGUGUCGAUGAGCCUGAGCGCCUCCGUGUCUCUGGGCAUGCUCUACAUGCCCAAAGUGUACGUCAUCAUCUUCCACCCUGAGCAGAAUGUGCAGAAGCGGAAGCGCAGCUUCAAGGCCGUGGUGCAGGCCGCCACCAUGUCCACACGCCUCUCGCAGAAGUCCAACAGCGACAAGCAAAACGGCGAGACCAAGCUGGAGCCGGACCGGAUGCAGUAGCAGGUGACCCAGAGUGACACCCUCGGCUACGGUGAACAGAAGGACUGCAUUAAAGGGAAACUUCAGCAGAACUGCAGACACUUGAUUUUCAUAUGAGGGUGACUAUAAGGAUGUGGCACAAACUGCAAAAGCAGCAAAGCACAGAAGAAAUAUGAACCUUUCUGAAAAAAAGCCGUUCCUGAGCCGCUUUAUUUAAACCUGAAAAGUCUUGAUGAGACAUUUUUUGUCUGGACGAACUGUUUUUGGUGGCAGAGGAUCGCUUGGAACACAUUUCAGACACUUCUUGCUUACUUUUGUUACUGGCAAAAAAAAAAAGGAAUGAGGAAAAUGUUUGUAAGUCAGUAGUACGCCUGAUCUAGCAGUGCAGCAUGGGAUGUUCAUUGGCGUGUUUGUGCGUUGGUGUUGUCAUGCGGCCGUGGCCGACAGGACUCCUCUAGAAUCCAUUCCACCGUGUGUAAACUCUCCCGAUCUACAGAUUACAGGUGUUAACCAGCAGUGAAGUAAAAUCAUCGCUCAUCUACUGUUACAAAUCUAACAUCGUGUCAGCUUUCCAAGAUUCCGUCUCAGAAUGUAGGCUUUAUUUCAGUCUGUAUGUUUAUUUCAGAGAAGAUCUCUGCUACAUAUGCUGACCUGUUCUUAACAUGAGUCGGUGCAAUGUAAGUUCUUUAAUAUCUUCAUUUAGGGCAUAUUUAUAUAUAAACACAAUAUUUAUAAAGUAGGACUAUUUAUUUAAAUUAUAAAGUAUCAAAUUCAUUUUAAGUUCAGUCAUCUAUUUUUUCAUCAUUGCUAAAUAAUUUUUA